AGCCGGAAGCCGGCUGAGCUGAGCAGAACCGAGUUGGGGUUUCUCAGCGCAAGGAAGGGCUCCGGGGCGUUCCGCCGCUGCACCCCAGCCUCGGGCCGCGCCCCCACCCCCGCGACCUUGCCGGGGCCAUGGGGGCUCCGCGCCGGGGGUCCCCAGUUUUCCCGGGGUCCCCGCUGGGGCUGCUGUUCCUGCUCCUGAGCGUGCUGGCCCCGGGUCGCUGCGCCCCGCGGCUCUUGGACCACCCGGCGCCCGUCUGCUCCCAGCAGGGGCUAAAUUGCACAAUUGAGAAUAGUAACUGCCUGGAUGACAGCUGGACCCGUCCUCGACCCCUGACCCCCUCCUCCCCCAAAGAUGUCCAAGCCCAGCUGCGCUUCGCCCACAACCAGAAUGGAGACCUACUCCCCGUGGUUCAUAUUGAGUGGGCGCUGCAGACAGAUGCCAGCAUCCUAUACCUGGAGGGCGUGGAGCUAUCUGUCCUGCAGCUGAGCACCAAUGAGGCCUUGUGCGUCAAGUUUGUGUUUCUCUCCAAACUGGAGCAUCACCACAAGCGGUGGCGUUUUACCUUCAGCCACUUUGUGGUGGAACCUGGCCAGAAGUACGAGGUGACCGUUCACCAUCUGCCCAAGCCCAUCCCCAACGGGGACCCGAACCACCAAUCCAGGAGCUUCUUUGUGCCAGACUGCGAGGACCCCAGGAUGAAGAUGGUCACGCCAUGUGUGAGCUCAGGCAGCCUGUGGGAACCCAGCAUCACAGUGGAGACCCUGGAGGACCACCGCCUGCUAGUGAGCUUUACCCUGUGGAAUGAGUCGGUCCCCUAUCAGAUCCUGCUGAACAGUUUUCCGCACACGGAGAACCAAAGCUGCUUCGAGCAAAUACAGCAUGUACCAGCGCCCAGACAAGAGGAUUUCCACCAGCGGUGGAAUACCACGUUCACCCUGCAGAGCUUUAAUUGGUGCUGCCACCAUCGAGUGCAGAUCCAGCCUUUCUUCAGCAGCUGCAUGAAUGACUGUCGCCGACACUCCGUGACCGUUCCCUGCCCAGAAAUCCCAGAUAUUCCAGUUCCCAUCACAGACUACGUGCCCCUAUGGGUGUACGGGUUCAUCACCGCCAUCGCCGUCUUGCUGGUGGGCUCCGUCAUCCUGUCCGUCAUCUGCAUGACUCGGAGGCUGCCUGGGUCUCAUCGUGAAGAAUACGGCAGUGACGCCAAAUACUCUGAUGCCCUGCCCAUGGCCGAGCUGGCCCCCCCACCCCUGAAGCCACGCAAAGUCUGGAUCAUCUACUCGGCCGACCACCCCCUCUACAUGGCUGUGGUCCUGAAGUUCGCCCAGUUCCUGCUCACCAUCUGCGGCACCGAAGUGGCCCUCGACCUGCUGGAGGAGCAAGCCAUCUCCGAGGUGGGCAUCAUGACCUGGGUGGGCCGCCAGAAGCAGGAAAUGGUUGAGAGCAACUCCAAGAUCAUCAUCCUGUGCUCCCGAGGCACCAGGGCCAAGUGGCAAGCGAUCCUCGGCUGGGAGGAGCCCGCCAUCCAGCUGCGGUGCGACCGCCAGAAGCCUGCCGGGGACGUCUUCACCGCAGCCAUGAACAUCAUCCUCCCCGACUUCAAGAAGCCGGCCUGCUUUGGCACCUACGUCGUCUGCUACUUCAGCGGCAUCAGCCAUGAGGGUGACAUCCCCGACCUCUUCAACAUCACGCCCCGGUACCCGCUCAUGGACAGGUUCGAAGAGGUCUACUUCCGCAUCCAGGACCUGGAGAUGUUCGAGCCCGGCCGGAUGCACCGCGUUGGGGAGCUCAUGGACGAAAACUACCUGCAGAGCCCCAGCGGCCGGCAGCUCAAGGAGGCCGUGGACAGGUUCCAGGAAUGGCAGGCCCAGUGCCCCGACUGGUUUGAGCGCGAGACCCUCAGCUCUGCAGAUGAUCAGGACCUGCCAUCCCUGGACGAAGAGGUGUUCGAGGAGCCGCUGCUGCCCGCGGCGGGUGGCAUCAUCAAGCAGAAGCCCCUGAUGCGGGAACCCGUCCCCGAGGGCGGCCUGGUGGUAGAUCUGUUCAUCAGCGAGGAAGAAAGCGGAGCCUCGAGGUUAGAACCUCAGCAUCGGCCCCAGGGGGAGCUGGUGGCCCGGACCCUGCAAACCGUGGUGCUCCCGGUGGACAAGGUCCCGUCGGCUCAGGCCGUGGAACCCCUCCCUGCAGCUGAUGGUAGGGGUGCUGCCAGCCGGCUGGCCGUGACUGAGAAGAGCGAGGCCGUCCCGCUGCUGGAGGCCCACGGCCCACAGCGGAACAGCGUCCUCUUCCUCCCCAUGGAGGACUCAAAGGACUCGCCUCUCUGCAGCACCCCCAUGGCCUUGCCCGACCCCCUCCCGGAGGACGUGCGGGAGCAGCUCGAAGGCUUGAUGUUGUCACUCUUCCAGCAGAGUCUGAGCUGCCAGGCCCAGGAGGGGUGGGAGGGGCCCCCAGUGGUCCUCAAGGACCCCUACACGCCCUGCGAGGAGGAGCAGAGGCAGUCGGUGCAGUCUGACCAGGGCUACAUCUCCAGGAGCUCCCCGCAGCCCCCGGAUGGACUGGUGGAGAUGGACGAAGAGGAGGAGGGAGAGGAGGACCUGGGGAAGCCGGCCGGGCCACUCUCUGCCGAGGACCUGGAGAACCUGAGAAGUCUCCAGCAACAGCUUUUCUUCCAAGAACUUCAGAGGAACUCUGGCUGGGACAGCAUGGAGUCUGAGAGGCAGGACUCCUAGUGAGGAGAGAGAAGGGUGUAUGUGCACCUGGGUGCACACGGAUGUAUGUAUUUGCGUGUGUGUUUGUGGGCAAGUGUCCUGAUUCUGCCUCUGGACAUCCCUUAACCUUCCUUUAUAUGACCAUCGGAUCUGAUCCCCUUCCGUCCCCAUGAGAAUCCACAGCUCAUUCCCAGGAGAGAAUGGCUAAGUGUCCUGGAGUCUUUGUCAUUCAUUCAUUCAUUGAUUGAUUUGACAUUUAUUUUUGCACCUACUGUGUACCAGGCCUCCGGGAUACAAAGAUAAAUUGUGCAUGGCACGGCCCCUGACAGCCAGAUUAACGUUUCAGUGAGAGAGACAGACUAGCACCGGAUGUAAAGGCUGGGAGAGGGGCCUGCCGGGGCCAAGAAAAUGCACACAUGAGGCACCCAGCCUGGGGAAGAAGUCCCUGGGUCAAGGGACUGUGGCUAGAGAAGGACGCAGCAUGUGGGGAGGG